UCUCAGCUAUUCACCUGUCGGGACGUGAGAGACUCUCGGAGGGCCCAACAGGUUUUUGGGACCCCUCGGAUAUCGCGAUCGGGCCCGCGGGAUCGACUCCUCCAGGAUCCGGCCUUAAGGACCCCCAGGACGUUCGGAAGAUCCGUACGAGAAUUAUCCGCAAAAGGGGACAGGAUGUCGGCCGACUGGAAGACGAUUUUCGUAACCGGAGGCGCCGGAUACAUUGGCAGCCACUGCGUGGUCGAAGUUCUCGAAAGCGGAUACGACGUUGUUUCCAUUGAUAAUUUUGUAAAUAGCGUGGACGACGACGCCGGGGAGUCGGCUGCCCUGAAGAGAGUCGAGGAAAUCACCGGGAAGAAGGUGAAAUUCUACAACUGCGACCUCCUGGAUCGCGAUAAGCUCGCCGAGGUGUUCAACAAGCAUAAAAUCGACUGCGUGAUACACUUCGCAGCGAUCAAGGCUGUCGGCGAGUCCAUGCAAAUUCCGCUUCAUUAUUAUCGCAAUAACAUAAUCGGGACCAUCAAUUUACUCGAGGUGAUGAAGGCUGCCGGGUGCUUCCAAUUGGUCUUCAGCAGUUCUUGCACCGUCUAUGGGGAACCCACGUACCUUCCCAUAACGGAGGACCAUCCAACGGGGAACAUCACGAACGUCUACGGCAGGACGAAGUACUUCAUCGAAGAGAUGAUCAAGGACAUCUCCAGGGCUGAGAAGAACUGGAACAUCAUCUUGCUGAGAUAUUUCAACCCUGUAGGCGCUCAUCCCAGUGGACUGAUCGGAGAGGAUCCCACGAAGCCGUUUACCAACCUGAUGCCCUACAUCGCGCAAGUCGCUCUUGGCCAUAAACCGGAGCUGACGAUUUUCGGCGGGGAUUAUCCUACCGAGGAUGGCACAGGGAUUCGAGAUUAUAUCCACGUGAUGGACCUGGCAGCAGGACACGUGGCUGCUUUGUCGGCCUUGCACAAGCAUCACUCCAGACUCAAGAUCUACAAUCUGGGAACUGGAAAAGGGGUUUCAGUUUUGGAAUUAAUUAAGACCUUUGAGAAAGUCACCGGGACGAGUGUACCUUGCGUUAUCCUGGACCGAAGGGAGGGCGACAUCGUCUCUAUGUAUGCCAACACGGAUCUGGCCGAACGGGAACUCGGAUGGAGGACCAAGUAUAAUGUUGAAGAGAUGUGCAAAGAUUUCUGGAGGUGGCAGACGAUGAAUCCAAAUGGGUACAGGGCACCGUUGAAAAAUGGUAACGCUAUAAAGUAACCAAUCGAUAAGGAGUACUGUUAGUAUUCCGUCCAAAGUACAAUUAUUUCCUAGUAAUUAAG